GUAUGAUGCAGUUUUGGGGUUUUAGCAGCAUUCCUCACAAUCAAAAUAGGAUUCAGUUUUAUCUACCUGCCUCGCCGGUUAGUUAGUCUGUGUGACUGCGCUUUAGCAACGACGCCCUGCAAGUAAGCGCGAUGACUGGGAAAGAUGAUGCAAUAGAAUCGUUACAAGAUGCAGCAGCUCAAGCUGCGCCUUCAGCCCCGGGGUCGGAACGGCCCGCAACUCUCCGGGGCCGCACCCAGGACGUCAUGUCCGAUGCCACAUCGUUCAGGGAACUAAUGGUAUCAGAACCCCUCGUCCGCAGCCUUUCAGUAGCGGGCUUCGAGCGGCCAUCGCCAGUGCAGAAGGCGGCGAUCCCGCUUGGGCGUGUAGGCACAGACCUGAUUGUGCAGGCAAAGUCGGGAACAGGGAAAACAGUCGUAUUUGCCGUGAUCUGCCUGGAGCGCGUAAAAGCAGACCAGAGUAGCACGCAGGCGCUCAUCCUCGCCCCCACUCGCGAGCUGGCCAUCCAGAGCGAGCAGGUGAUCCGCGCACUCGCCUCGGAGCUGCCCGCCCCCGCCGCCACCUCCGCCGUGUUCGUGGGCGGGCUGCCCAUCGUGGAGGACGAGAAGAAGCUGCGCAGGCUGUGUCACAUCGCGGUGGGCACCCCGGGUCGCGUGUGCGCGCUGCUGCAGUCGGGGCGACUGGCGGGCGGCGGACUGGCGCUGCUGGUGCUGGACGAGGCGGACAGCCUGCUGGGGGAGGGGUUCUACGAGGACGUGAC